AUGGCGUUUGGCGACAAUAUACUAACGGUGGGCGCAUUCACGCUUGCUGAGGCGUAUUUCCUCCAACGUACUGUCCUCGUCGACAAGACCUUCCAAACAAUCUUUGUCGGCGCACUGGGAGUAAAUAUUCUCCUAAAGGCCUUUUACGGCAUAAUAAUAUGGCCAUUGCUACUGAGCCCGAUGCGGCAUCUACCGAAAGUCCAGGGCUCGCAUAUAGAACUCAUCUUCGACUCACCACGGGGAACAAAACCCCUCAAAUGGAUGAAAACCGUCCCAAAUGAAGGACUUAUCCACAUGCGCGACACGUUCAAUCAAAGCUACGUGAUCCCAACCAACCACCAAGCACUACUAGAUAUAAUGAGCACGAACACAUACGACUUUGAGAAGCCAUGGCGGAUGCGAAACUUCCUGGCGCGGAUCAUCGGCUUCGGGAUGAUUACCUCGGAAGGCUUAGCGCACAAGAAGCAGCGCAAAGCACUCACUCCAGCGUUCAAUAUUAAAAAUAUCCGCUCGAUGUAUUCGCUUAUGUGGAGCAAGACGGGGCAGUUGCUGGAUGAACUGGAGAAAGACAUCAAAAUAAACCCGAUGGAUGGAACCAGUCCAGAGGACCUAGAGGGUAAGGUUGAGAUGUCCGAGUGGGCGAGUCGCCUCACACUCGACAUAAUCGGGCCCAUAGCAAUGGGACGUGACUUUGGCUCGCUUCACAACAAGCGAAACAAGGUGGCAGACAGCUUCGCAAAGAUCCUCGAGCCGACUAGGGAGAAGAUGGCAUUCCUAGUGAUGAACUUUGCACUACCGCAGUGGAUGGCGAAGCGUGUUCCGUGGCGGAUGAACGACGUACUGAAAGCUGAGACGGCGUAUCUACGCAGUACCUGCGACGAUAUUGUACGUGAGAAGCGAACCAGUCUUGUUGGGUCUAAGGUCUCUGCUCAGGAUCUCGAGGCCGAUAUUCUGGGGACGAUGAUGCUUGGUGGGGAUUUCUCGGAUACGGAGUUGGUUGAUCAGAUGUUGACAUUUUUGGCUGCCGGGCACGAGACCACCGCCAGCGCCUUAACCUGGGCCUGCUAUCUGCUCCAUCUCCACCCAGAAUACCAAACCCGCCUCCGUGAUGAAAUCCGCUCCAAGAUCCCGUCGGGCGACAGUCCAAUAACUUACCAAGACCUCGAAUCUCUCCCUUUACUAAAUGGCGUCUGCCAAGAAGUCCUCCGUCUGUACCCAACUGUCCCAACGACAAUCCGCGAAGCAGUCCGCAACACCGUCGUAGCAGGGAAGUACGUCCCGAAGGGGACACGGGUUGUGUUAUGUCCGUGGGCGAUAAACAGAAGUCCACUUUUCUGGGGCGAUGACGGGGAAGAAUUCGUGCCUGAGCGCUGGAUUGACACGGACAAGAACGGACACUGUAUUCCGAACAAUAAUGGUGGGGCAUCGACGAAUUUCGCGCAGAUCACAUUUCUGCAUGGGCAGAGAUCUUGUAUUGGGAAGGACUUUGCGCGUGCGGAGUUACGGUGUGCGGUUGCUGGCGUUGUUGGACGGUUUUUGUUUGAGAUGCAGGAUCCAAAGCAGGUGAUUCAUGUUGCUGGGGCGGUUACUAUCAAGCCGGUUGAGGGGAUGCACUUGAGGAUGCGAAGGGUUGAUGGGUGGUAA